UGUUGCUGCGCACGCGCGUGUCUGCGGCAGGCUCGCCAUGUUGCCGAGGGAGGCCGGUGGCCGCGUUCUGGUUCCGGUUCCGGUUGGGUCGCCAUGGCCGUGCUGGCAGCCAACCCCAACAACCCCGUGGUCUUCUUCGAUGUCAGCAUCGGCGGCCAGGAGAUCGGCCGCAUGAAGGUGGAGCUGUUCGCUGACGUUGUGCCCAAAACGGCGGAGAAUUUCAGGCAAUUUUGUACAGGUGAAUUCAGGAAAGAUGGUGUUCCAAUAGGUUACAAAGGCAGCACUUUCCACAGGGUCAUUAAGGAUUUCAUGAUACAGGGAGGUGACUUUGUAAACGGAGAUGGUACUGGAGUAGCUAGUAUAUACCGGGGCCCCUUUGCAGAUGAAAACUUCAAACUCAGACAUUCUGCUCCUGGGCUGUUGUCUAUGGCAAACAGUGGUCCAAGUACAAACGGGUGUCAGUUCUUCAUCACGUGUUCCAAAUGUGACUGGCUGGAUGGGAAGCACGUUGUGUUUGGUAAAAUCGUUGAUGGGCUCCUUGUCAUGAGAAAAAUUGAGAAUGUACCUACUGGUCCAAAUAACAAACCCAAACUGCCAGUGGUCAUCUCACAGUGUGGUGAAAUGUAGAGCAAUGAACGCAGAAAUCUCGUCUUUUAGCCACCGACUUUCAGAUUUUAACAAGCAGCUAGUGGCAUGGAGGCACUGCAUACUAUUCCUCUCCACUCAUAUCAUCUACAAGAUGAAUGGAACUGCUUUCUGAAAACAAGCUAAGCCCAAAUCAUUCCCAAAAUACCUGCAUAGAGACAACACAAGGAAGGGUUUAGAUCCACAGUGCUUUGCAGACAUUUAGGACCCAAUCCUGGAAGGUGCUGAGUGCCCUCAGCCCCUUAGAGAAGGCAUUCAGUGCUUUACAGGGGCAGGCCCUCAAUAAAUGAAGCCUCUGUGGUAGGUAAGUAAUAUAAUUCUGUGCUGCUUCCUCUGCCCAGUUCGCAGUUUCUGUUAGCUGAGUAGUUGUGCUAAGAUGAUGAACCGUGAAAUCAUUAAUAAUGUUGAUGUUGAAAUUGCCAUCUUGAGGUUUCAGCUCAUCCACUGGGCUGAUGUGUGGAGCACGCUUCACUCAGAGGUGGGCGUUAAGUUGCUUACAGACUUGGGCAGGCGUUUACACUCUGCUCACAGUUUUCAAAGCUGCUUUUGCAGCUGUGGUGGCUGGGAGCAAAAUUUGUAAAUGAAAGCUGAGAUUCUGCUGCAGAUUCCAUGGCCCCAGGAUUGUGGCAUUCCCAUGUCCCUGAUAGGGACUAGCUGAGAUACAGCUACAGGCACUGUGGCUCAGCUGAGUCCCACUGCACAGCAAUGUAACCCGGAGCACGAGUGCCAAAUUUCUUAGCUGUUUCUUUUCCAUCCCUUCAGCUGUUCUUCUUGGGGAUCAGUUAGUCAGAGGAUUAUGUGAACUCUGACAUGGCUGUUACUAUUACUGAUCUUUCUCCUCCCACUUCCAGGUAGUCACUGGUCCCUCGUUACCCAUCACUGUGGCUGCCCCAGUCUUUUCCUGCAGGCCAUAUCUGUGCUGCUGGCAUGUCUACAGAAGUUUCUG